AUGAAUUAUAGAAUCAAAGGUGAAAAUAAAAAAUUAGUUAAGUUAAAAAAGAAAAAAAAACACUAACACAAUAAAAUGAAAAAGAAAAAGAAAUUAAAUAAAUUUAAAGUGUUUUAUUGUUUUAAAUUCAUUUUUUUAAUUAUUUAUCACAAUCCAAAACAAAUAAACUGUUUUUAUCAAGUAAAAGUGUUUGAAGCAAAAAUGGAUGAAAAAUAUCAAUUCACAAAAAAAGAAUAAUAGAUAAAAUUAAAUUAAAAGUUAAAAUAACUAAAAAAUUAUUUUUUGAAUAAGAGUAAAUUUAUAUGA